AUGAAUUCACGAAUUCAUCAUUUUCAGCACAAAGCAAUGAUCACAACGAUUUCGAGAAAUGGUACGGGAAAUGCUAGCAUGUCGUUUGUGAAUGAAAUAUGUCAAGCCACAGGAGGCAAAAGUUCAGUUCAUAUUUCCUACAUUUUUUUUUUGUUCGGUUUCUGCAAACCAUCAAGAAUGUCCUUCAGUUCAGAUCAGGCUGUUACCAAAGCUGAAUUCCAUGAAAAACCUUUCUAUUAA